AUGGCAACACACGAAAUAAACUUCUUACAAAAUGAGAGAAGACAAUCAAAUACAAAUUCCUCAUCAUCAUCAAGAAAUAGAUUUGCUUGGGUUAAAAGAUUAAUGCAAGGUCAAAAUAAAACUAACAAUCAUCACCAUCAUCAUCAAAGUAAUCAUCAUAGUACUGGUAAUAAUGAUUCAACUAUUGUUGCAGUACCUAAGAAUUCAAAUCAUUUAAUUAAUAAUUCAAGUUCAAAUAGUCGUACAAAUGGAAUUAAUCGUCGAGAUAAACAUUUGAAUGGAAAUAAUAGUAAUAAUAAUCUACAUAAUAACAAUGAUGCCAACAAUGUGUCAUACAUGAACAAUUUUCAAAAUCAACAAUAUUCAGCUCAAAUUGGAAAUUAUAAUGAUGAAUGUGACAAUACUUUAACUAAUAAUUUAAAUCAAAUACAUUCAAAUGGAAAUCAUAAUGAAAUUAAACCUAGAAAUUACUCCGAUAGUUCAGUAGAACAACCAAAAACUAGUCACCGAGGUCAUAUUAAGAAAACUAAAUCUAAUACUCAACAUGAAUUACAAACAAGUUCGCAACAACAACAACAGCCUCGUAUUCUACAACAGAAUGAUAACAAUUCAAAUGGUACUAAUGAUAAUAUAAAUCAAAACAACUAUAAUUUCAACAAUCAAAUACAAAAUCAAACUCCAACUAGUAAUCAUCAUCAAUCAUCAAGAGCAUCAGCAAUAUCAGAUAAAAUAAGUCUUAAAUCAACACAAGCAAAUUCAACAACAAAUGAUAAAGAAAGUAUCCAUACAACUUUAAGAUUUGAUGAAACAAAUUCUCAAAUUCAUAGAAUUUCAUAUAAUAAUUAUAUAAAUAAUUAUAAUAAUGAUUAUUCAUCAAGUUUAAUUGGAGAAAGAUCAACUAUAAAUACUGAUCAAAUUAGUAAUUCUGAUAGAAUUACAAAUUAUAGUGAAGAUAAUAUUAGUACAAUUCCAUUAAAAUCUAUAAUAUCAAGACAAAGUACCAAGAAUCCUAGUAUUCUUAGUGAAGUCAACAAUACUGAUCAUUAUGACCAAAAUACUGGUAAAACAUCAAUAACAAGUUGA